UGAUAUAAGGAAUGGCAAUAAAAAAGUACACAACUUUGAAAAAAAAACAUUUCUAACAAAUAAUACCAUGCGGUGGUGUCCACGUGGAGACAUUGAUCCAUUCUGAAGCUGAAAAUCAUAUUUUCACUGGUACUGGUGCUUCAAUCUAAAGCAGCACAUCCUUUCAUUUCCUGUAGUUGAAUCUUAAAUUAUUUCAAUGGAAGAUUGUUCACAAAACUCAAAAUGGAAGUAUCAUGUUUUCUUGAGUUUUAGGGGAGAAGACACGCGCUUAGGCUUCACCGAUCACCUAUAUGCAGCCUUGGUGCGCAAGAGUAUAAUAACGUUCAGAGAUGAUGAAGAACUUGCAAGAGGUGAAGUCAUCUCACAAAAACUACUCCUUGCAAUUGAAGAAUCUCUCUCAGCAGUUCUCAUAAUCUCCAAAAACUAUGCGAACUCAGCUUGGUGUUUGGAUGAGUUAGUCAAGAUUCUUGAAUCCAAACGUUUGUUAGGACAACAAGUGUUCCCAGUCUUCUAUGGUGUAGAUCCCUCCGAUGUAAGGAAUCAAAGGGGAAGUUUUGCCGAGGCUUUUAAGAAACAUGAAGAGAAAUUUAGUGAAAGCAAAGAGAAAGUGCAAAAGUGGAGAGAUGCAUUGAGAGAGGUUGCCAACUUGUCGGGGUGGGACUCCAAAGACCAACAUGAAACUAAACUCAUUGAAGAAGUUAUUGCACAAGUAUGGAAAAGACUAGAACUCAAGUUCCCAUCCUAUAAUGAUGGUCUGGUUGCAAUUGAUGUAAGAUUGGAAGAACUAUAUUCAACUCUGAAGCUAGGACUGGAGGAUGUUCAUUUCAUAGGGAUAUGGGGUAUGGGCGGGAUAGGAAAAACAACUCUUACUACAGCUCUCUUCAAAAAAAUUAAAAGCCAAUUUGAUGUAAGUUGCUUCAUUGCUAAUGUCAGAGAGGUCUCUGGGGAAAGAAACCAAUAUCUCCAACAGUUACAAAAUAAAAUUCUUUCUCAUCUGAACAUAAAAGGAAUGGUAAUUGAAACAUUAAGCCAAGGAAAGGACAGCUUGAGAAACCUUUUAUCCAACAAAAAGGUUCUUCUUGUCCUUGAUGAUGUAAGUUCUAAAAGCCAACUUGAGAAUUUGGCAGGAAGCCAAGAAUGGUUUGGUCGAGGUAGUAGAAUUAUAGUCACAACUAGGGAUAAGCACCUGUUGAUAUCGCAUGAUGUAUUGUUUGAAAUGUAUGAGAGUAAAAUUUUAAAUAAAAGUGAAUCCCUUCAUCUUUUUUGUGAAAAAGCAUUUAAAGAGGAUGCACCUAAAGAGGGUUUUGUGGAGUUGUCUGAAAGUGUGGUUGAAUAUGCUCGAGGCCUUCCUUUGGCACUUGAAGUGUUGGGUUCUUUUCUCUGUGGAAGAAGUUUAUCUGAUUGGGAAGAUGCUUUAAUCAAGAUUAAACAAGUUCCACAUGAUGAUAUCCUAAACAAACUUAGAAUAAGCUAUGACAUGUUAGAAGAUGAACACAAAACCAUAUUUCUAGAUAUUGCAUGCUUUUUUAAGGGAUGGUACAAACAUAAAGUGAUACAAAUAUUGGAAAGUUGCGGCCUUCAUCCAACUGUUGGAAUAAAUGUUCUCAUUGAAAAAUCUUUACUAACUUUCGAUGGAAGAGUUAUAUGGUUGCAUGAUAUGCUUGAAGAAAUGGCUAAAACUAUAGUUAUUCAAGAAUCCCCUAAUGAUCCUGGUAGACGAAGUAGAUUGUGGUCUCUGGAGGAUAUUGAUCAAGUGCUGAAAAAAAACAAGGGAACUGAAAUUGUGCAAGGUAUAGUUUUGAAAUCCUCACCGUCUACGCUGUAUGAAGCACAUUGGGACCCUGAGGCGUUCACAAAGAUGGGAAAUCUAAGGUUACUCAUUAUAUUAUGUGAUUUGCAUCUUUCCCUUGGUCUGAAAUGUCUUUCUAGCUCACUAAAAGUGCUUGUAUGGUGGGGAUAUCCACUGAAUUCUCUACCAGUUGGGAUUCAACUAGAUGAGCUUGUACAUUUACAAAUGAUCAAUAGUAAAAUUAAACAGUUGUGGAAUGGAAAUGAGUAUUAUGGAAAGCUGAAAGUAAUUGAUUUGAGUAACUCCAAAGAUUUACGUCAAACUCCAAAUGUCUCUGGAAUUCCGAAUCUUGAAGAGCUGUAUUUUAAUGAUUGUAUAAAACUUGUUGAAGUUCACCAAUCCAUCAGACAACAUAAAAAGCUUAGGAUAUUGAGCUUGAUGGGAUGUGUAGAUCUGAAAAUCUUUCCAAAGAAAUUGGAAAUGUUUUCCUUGAAGAUGCUAUUUCUUUCAUACUGCUCAAACAUUAAAAGACUUCCUGAUUUUGGGAAAAAUAUGACAUGCAUUACAGAGCUUAACUUAUUGAAUUGUGAAAAUCUUCUUUCCCUUCCAAACAGCAUUUGUAACCUGAAGUCUCUCAGAAUUCUCAACAUAUCAGGAUGUUCUAAAAUUUGUAACCUGCCAGAUGGUAUAAAUCAAAUUAUGGCUUUGGAGGACAUUGACUUGAGUAGAACUGCUAUUAGAGAUUUGGAUCCAUCCCUACUUCAGUUAGGAAAUCUCAAAAGAUUAUCUUUAAGAAGCUGUCGUGAUCCAGCUACCAAUUCAAGCUGGAACUUUCAUCUGCCUUUUGGCAAGAAGUUCAGCUUUUUCCCAGCUCAAACAACUAGCUUAACUUUGCCCCCUUUUCUAUCGGGCCUUUCCUCAUUAACUGAAUUAGAUUUAAGCGAUUGCAAUCUCACCGAUAGUUCAAUUCCUCACGAUAUUGAUUGCUUAUCAUCAUUGGAGAGACUAAUCCUUAGUGGGAAUAAUUUUGUAUGCCUGCCAACUCACUACAUUUCUAAUCUUUCAAAGCUUCGUUAUCUUGAAUUGGAAGAUUGUCCACAGCUUCAAUCUUUACCAAUGCUUCAGCCUCAAGUACGCUUGUACGUAACAGAUUCAGAUGCAAGGGAAGCUUAUGCAUUGGAUCCACAGAAGAUAUGGAAGCUGUUUGAAUCAAGUGACAAGAAACUCUUACACUCAUCUCUGUAUCGUGUUCCUGACUUCCCUUAUCCUAUGUACUUCGAAAUGCCAUCGAGAUUUGAUAAUCAGAAUUUUUUUCCCUUGACCUCGUCAUAUGUGUCAAAACUUGAUGCAAUUGCAUCAGUAAAAGUGGAUAUCCCAGAUGAUUGUCUUUUAAGUGACUGGUGGGGGGUGGCUGUAUUUGUGGCCUUAGAAGCUGAAGGUUUUGUGGCCAGACACAUGCGUUUGAGUUGGAACUUUGAUACUCUGGGGCCUGAAGAUGGCCCCUCCUUGUCACUGCUUACAGGUUCAACGGCAGCCAAUGAUUCUUACCUCUUCACACUGGUAGUGAGCGGCGACUUUAUAUAUAUUCAGAGACACCUUAGUGGGGACCCAAAGUUCAUGCGGAAGCAAUUCAGCAAGCACAGAAAGCCAGAGUUAAGCGAAAACAGUUCAUUGCGUUUUGAAGUACAAGUGGAAGGGUGCAAGAUAAGGAAGUGUGGGUGGCGUAUGUUGCGCAAGGAAGAUUAUCUUGAAGACUUGAAAAUGCUGAACAGUAGUGGACUUGUUGUAGCACAUUCCGAUUCCGGGCAUUCAGCUGGUAUGAACCAAUCAUCUGAGGUUGAAUCCAAGGUGAAGGAAACUACUGCUUUGGAUGUGCAGAACAUAGAAAGGUCCAAUGAGAACUUCUCUUUGGGGAAAAUGCUUCACAAUAUUAGACAAGGACUUGGUGUAAGUAUGCUAGCUUUGAUAUCAAUGAUGGUUGGGGCUACAAUAUUCCAUUCGCCUGUGAAUGGUUUGCGCUUCAAAAAGUCUGCCCCAACAAAUGAGACCGUAACUAAUAAACUAUUCAAAUCACAAUGGAUUUCCUCCAAUGAUAUUGUACUUAAGGUCAAUACGCCGCAAUUGCCAGACAAUCCUCGUAACAGAAAAGUGAGCCAGAGGUUGUCAUUUCCAAUAUACCAGCCACCAAGGAGGUUGAGUUUCUCUCAGAGCCACUUUUGUUUAACUUGACUAGAAAGAAACAUUCUUCUUUUUGACUGACAAUUUUGUUCUUUUUUGUAAUUUAUAUUUCAUUUUUUCCAUUCAUUCUAAUGGGGAUUUGUAAUAAAUCUUAUUUUAUCAUUAUUUUCUUUCUAAAAA